CCGACACCCGACGAUUUAAUUAACUAACCACCUACCGCAACGAUGGACUCGAUGCUGAACAAGGCCAAGGAGGCGGCGGAGAAGUACACGGGCCACGGCGACUCGCACAGCAGCCACGGCCACAAGGACGAAUCAAAGCUGCACCACCUCAAGCACGAGGCGCAGAAGAUGGCCAUGAAGCACGCGGCCAAGGACUACGCCGAGGACCACGGCUUCUCCAAGAAGAAGCACCACCACCACGACAACCAGGACGAGUCGCUGCUGGACAAGGCCAAGGAGGCGGUCGGCAAGUACACGGGCCACGGCGACUCGCACUCGCACUCGCACUCGCACUCGCACAAGAAGGACAACCAGGACGAGUCGGUGCUGGACAAGGCCAAGGAGAUGGUGGGCAAGUACACGGGCCACGGAGACUCGCACUCGCACUCGCACAAGAAAGACAAGCACGACGACGACUCCAUCUUCGACAAGGCCAAGGACGCCGUCGAGAAGUACACAAAGAAACACUAAUCCUCUUUAGCCACCUCGAUGUGUAGCUACCUCUCUUACCGUUUGAAUUGAACCACAGCACUUUCGUCAAGAUU